AUGGGCCGCUCCAAUCACCUCUUUAAUCUCGAGAGUUUUUCCUCAAUACACAAAUACGGCAGUCAGGAAGGGACCUGUUUGUCUGCACCAGACCCCCACCCCACCAGAACCCCUUCAAUGUAUCGCCUCUCUACAAAACACUUUGAAAUUCUGCCCUUCACCUUGGCUUACUCCAAAGCUAAUCCGAGCAUACCCACACUGGGCCCGACCGCCGACUCCUUUCCGCAGGGAAGCAUCAGGAUGACUCUGGAGAACGCCGAUCUGUGGAAGUCCUUUCACAGCAACGGGACAGAGAUGAUUAUCACGAAACACGGCAGGAGGAUGUUUCCGCAUUGCAGCGUCAGCGUGACAGGCCUGCAGCCGUUUGCCAAGUAUGCCGUCUUGAUGGACAUGAUUCCCGUAGAUAGCUUCAAAUACAAGUGGAAAAAGGAGCAGUGGGAGGUGGCGGGGAAGGCGGAACCUCAGCCUCCGUGCAGGUCCUACAUGCACCCCGACUCCCCCGCGCCAGGAGGUCACUGGAUGAAGCAGUCGUUGUCCUUUCUCAAGAUGAAGCUCACCAACAACACCCUAGACCAACACGGACACAUCAUCCUGCACUCCAUGCAUCGCUACUACCCGAGGUUUCACGUCAUUCGGGCAGACAGCCCCUACACGGUCCGACGGGCGCCCUUCCAGUCCUUCUCCUUCCCGGAGAUGACCUUCAUUGCAGUCACCGCCUACCAGAACCCAAAGAUCACCAAGUUAAAGAUCGACCACAACCCUUUCGCCAAAGGAUUCCGAGAGGGAGGCACUCGCCUUCAGAGGGCGCCCUCUUCCACUCAGUCAGAGAAGGCAGGGAAGAUUCAGGGUGCAAGAGCCGAGUCCAUAAAGGGGGGUCCACCUCCCGGCUGGAGUCAGGACCACUCAGAGAGUCUACACGCGGAGCCGCUGGAGCUGCAUGAGUACGAGUACAGCUGUGAGGAGCAGAUGGUGCCCGCCUCGGUGGCCUAUCAGCCCUACAGGUCCGAUUUAAGGGCUUUGGAAUGUUCCAGAAUUGGGCUCCCCUCCAACGACGUGGAUGUAGCCCACCCCCUCGCCGUGGCAGAACAUGGCACCCAACAACAUGGCUACCACCACCCCACCUACCACCACAGCAACGCGGCCGACUGGAGCCAGUAUCCGCUCUUCUCCUACUCUUGCUGGUGA